AUGAGGAAGCAUCAACAAGAGGUCGUUCAUUUCUUGGACACCAGACACCCAGAACACUAUUUCGUCUACAACCUUUGCAGUGAACGGUCGUAUAACCCCAGGUUUUUCCAUCACCGGAUGCAUAGAAUUCUCAUAGACGAUCACAACGUCCCAACACUUCAGGAGAUGAUAACAUUUUCAAAAGAAGUCAUUGCUUGGUUAUCCAAGGAUCCCCAGAAUACCAUCGCGAUUCACUGUAAAGGAGGAAAAGGGCGUACUGGGACCAUGAUAUGUGUCUGUCUCCUCGCAAUGGACACAUUUUCAACUGCAAAGGAAAGCCUCACUUAUUUUGGAGAACGACGGACAGACAAACGUUUCUGUGAUAAAUUUCAAGGAGUAGAAACUCCCUCUCAAAGCCGAUACGUUGGAUAUUUUGAAACUAUUAAAACUAUGUGGAACUGGGAACUACCUGUGAAAAAAACACUAACAAUUACAAAAAUUGUCCUGUACUCCAUUAAAGGAGUAGGAGAAGGAAAUGGCAAGGACCUAACCAUUGAUAUCAUAAUGCAGCACAAGACUGUGUUUACUUGCACUGGCCAAACCUGCGAGGUGAGCAAAAGCACAUCAACUGAGAAUUCUAGUAUUUGUUUCAAAGCUCACAGUCAAGUGAGCAUGGUGACCUCCCCAAACCAUUACUCCCGACAAAGAGAUGCACGUUGCCUUCUGGUCACCAUCCAGCUUGAUGUUGCUUACGUCAGAUUGUUCUUGAAGAUCGCUUUGGCACUUGUGACAGUGGAAGUUGUAGCUCCAAUGUAUAAUGCAGGAAUUUUGUACUCUGCAGUAUCACCAGGAACUGUCUCACAUGAUAUUGAGACAAAUAGAGCAAUAUUUAUUGUACCCAACUGUCCGGCCCUAUGUGAUGAUAUUAAACUGAAAUUUACUUCUAAAAAUCUUCCUAACCAUUACGACAAUUGUGCCUUCUAUUUCUGGUGCAACGUUUCUCUGAUAGAGAAAAACAGACUUUAUUUAACUCGGAACGAAUUAGACAAUCCCCAUAAACCAAAAACGUGGAGCAUUUAUGAUGAGAACUUUGCUGUCGAAUUAUAUUUCGAAGAAGUAUUUGUAUAA